UUCAAUUUUCAUUCAUUCUUUAAAAAAAACCCAAUCCACUCUUUUUCUUCUCUCUGCAACUGAAUAUUCCUUUUCUUCCCUAUAAAUUCAUCACAAAUUUCACACACAUUACACCAAUUUCACUAUCAAUUUACCCUUUCUCAAUUUCAAAUUCGAGAUUAAUCGGUUAAAAGAGGGAGAACAAGAUUUGAUCUUUGAAUCAGGGGUAUUUUCGGUAUGAGACUAAACGGAGAAUUUUCGAGCGGCGAAGAAGAAGAAGAAGUAAUGGAGAAAUCUGAGGUCGGUACGACGCCGUUUUUGGGACAGAAGAUUGUUGUUGGCUAUGCUUUAACGGCUAAGAAGAAGAAAAGCUUUCUUCAGCCCAAUUUCAUUUCUCUUGCAAGGAGCAAAGGCAUAUACUUUGUUUCCAUUGAUGUGAACAAGCCACUGCCAGAACAAGGUCCAUUUGAUAUUGUCUUGCAUAAGUUGUCGGGAGAGGAAUGGCGUGAUAUGAUCGAGGAUUUCAGGCAAAAACAUCCCGAUGUAAUUGUUCUUGAUCCCCCUGAUGCAAUUCAACAUUUACACAAUCGCCAAUCCAUGCUUCAAGAUGUGGUGGAUCUAAACUUAUCUGAGACCUACGGCAAGGUUGGCAUCCCAAGUCAGCUAGUCAUCACAAAAGACAAAGACUCGUCUACUAUCCCUUAUGAAGUCACCAAAGCUGGGUUGAAGUUGCCAUUAGUUGCGAAACCUUUAGUUGUGGAUGGCACUGCAAAGUCACAUGAACUAUAUCUUGCUUAUGAUGAGUUCUCUCUUUCAGAGCUUGAACCUCCUCUGGUUCUACAAGAGUUUGUGAAUCAUGGCGGUCUUCUCUUUAAAAUCUAUAUUGUUGGGGAAAGCAUAAAGGUUGUGAGGCGUUUCUCUCUUCCUAAUAUCAGUAAACGCGAGCUAUCAAAAGUCGCAGGUGUAUACCGAUUUCCCAGAGUUUCAUGUGCAGCAGCUUCUGCAGAUGAUGCUGAUCUAGAUCCUAGUAUUGCCGAACACCCACCAAGAUCUUUGUUGGAAAAGCUUGCAAAGGAGCUUCGACAUAGAUUGGGACUUCGUAUGUUCAACGUAGAUAUGAUUCGGGAAUACGGGACCAAGGAUGUUUUUUAUGUCAUUGACAUCAACUACUUUCCAGGGUUCGGAAAAAUGCCAAACUACGAGCCUGUAUUUACGGAUUUUCUACUAAACCUAGUGCAGAACAAGUGUAAGAAGAAACUUACUGCCUAAAGCCAGAAAAGCCAGAAAAGUUAGAAGGAAAGGUCGCGUUUAACAGAAUAUUUUCUGUUUUCUUUUCAGUUCUUGUUAAUUAAUACAAAAAUAUCAGUUUUUAUUUUAUUUCUUCAAAUAUUUUUAUGAAGGAAGUGACGAAGACAACAUUUCUGUGAUGUUUUCAUUGUUUUCUUUGCAAAUAUUUAAAGGAUAAGAAAUAAAAUAAAAAAGUGAUAUUUUUGAUUAGUAUUAACAAAAACAAGAAAUAAAAACAAUAAAGCAUUAUUUUUGCUAAAUAGAUGAUUAGAUUAGACAAAUGAAUAGAAUGUUGAUGAUUAGUGGCUUUCUUGAAAGUUGAAGAACAAAUCAAUAUACUGUUUAACAAGUUUGUCUACAAAUUGGCAUGGAAUGUCAAUGAAGCUUAGCUGCCAAAAUAUUCGAAAGGGUGGAAUGUGUUUUGUCUAAUCUCUAUGUAUAUCACUCGACCAAAAGUGCUUUUGUUGGGAGUUUUAUGCUUGUGCAGAUUAGUAGUUCAAAUUUUAUAUGGUAAAUAAGAAGAUUCAUGUUUCAUUUGAGAA